AUGACGCCUGCCUCAGUAUCGCCCUUACCCCCGUGCAAAGCUAGAGCAGCCCCACACCGGGGCAUUCUUCGUGCCUGUGCACCCUUGGUCAGUGAUUCUCUAUGGGCUGGUCCAGAGUGGCUCUACCAUGUCAAUGCACGCCUAGCUCAAAAUAAUGUAUCUGUCAAAGUACCAGUGCCUGAGGGCAAUCUUUUCGGCAACGUGCUCCGACGAUGGAGUAAGAAGCAGCCAGAUGUUCCGUUUGAGUCCGGCGACAUCUUGAGCGAUGCAUUGCGGCGCGUUCAUUUUCGCACAGAAGAUUUGGCGCAUACAUAUCCCAUCUCACGAACACUGGCGCCCGGUGAAGAGGCGGCUACACGCGAGCGAAUCGAGUCCGAGGCACAAGCGCGUCUAGAGCGACUGUGUGGACGGCCUUGGACUCCUCGAGAACUGCAAAGUUUGUACAGGGUUUGCUGCCGAGCACGAGAAGAUGUACCUCACUCGGAAAUUCUCGCUGUGCUGGAGCAAGCCUCAUCAUGGCCACAGGCGCGAGUGCGUGCACUCGAUUUUCGCGACAUACCUCUGGCACGUAUCGCCGUGCCUCUCGCAGAUUUGUUGUGUGCACCCACUGGCGUCCAAGCGCUUCUGCUCGAACGAUGUGGUCUUGACUCUGAUGCCAUGCGUGCCGUCGCAUCAGCUGUGUUCCUCGGGCAAAGUGUACACUCGCUCAUUGUAGCUGACAAUCCAAAUAUUCAGGCUCAAGGUUGGCGCUCAGUCAGUGCACUCAUCGACGACAACCGCGUUCUUCGGCACUUGGAUGUAUCGCAUAACAACUUCUCUAGGUCGUCGCUGCGUGUGCUGCUUACGCCACUGGCCCAUCGUCGCUCUUUCUUGCACAGUUUGCGACUCGACGGAUGUGCGUUGCGUCUUGUCCAUCUUGAACUCGUUGCAGAGGCCGUGCGAGCCUCUUCUCUAAAGCAUAUUUCUCUACGACAAAACGCCAUCUCAUCCGUCGGCUCACAAGCUCUAGCACACAUGCUGUGUGACUGGGACCCGACCGCUUUGCCUGCAAUGGAGGAGAUGGAACAGGUCGGCCUCGUGGCAGUAUCGACGCCCGAGGACUUGUACGGCAAUGAAUCACAGAACCACGUUGUAUCAUCUUUACUUCACGGCACAGACGCCCCAGGCGCUGUUGAACGAGCCGAACUUCGUCAGACUAUUGCCGCGCGCGCACAGGCAUUCCAGCAUGCCCUUUCCGAGAUACCUUGCUUUGGCCAUUUACUGACGCUGGACUUGAAAUCCAACGGACUCAAUGAUAAUGAUAUGUCUGGUGUUGCUACCUCUUUGCGACGCAACCGAACAUUGCGCGUCUUGUCAUUGGCAGACAACGCCAUCACACAUCAUGGGCUUGCUCUUCUUGCAGAAGCUUUACGCUAUAAUACCAACUUGGAAACACUCGACGUAAGCGCCAAUGCGUGCUGUGGGCCCGAUCUGACCGGGGUAUUGCGCCUUCGUGUAGCUUUGGCCAUUCACCCACACUUGAAGCGAGUAAACCUCUCCGGUACACACCUUGCUGCUGAGGGCGCACUUGCUCUUGCCGAGUGUCUCCCGGAUGCGGAGAACAUUGUCCACCUGGAUCUUACAAAGAACCCCCUCGGACUCGUCGGCAUGCUUGGUCUAGCUGCCGGCGCGCGCCGAAACACCUCCGUCCGAUGUAUUGAUGUUUCCUUAGAGGAUACCCCCGAGUUUAUUCAGGCCGCACGCGAAGUAUACCUGCGGUGCGCGACAAAUGCACAAGCAGCACAGGACCAGGUUCCUCCGGGUGUCAAGAUUCAACGCCCGCUUGACAAGUCGGAACUUGCCUGGGCUUUGCAUCAGAACGAACAAGGGGGUGCAGCUGAUUCAAGUCAGCCAGCGAGCGAGACGGAGCCUUCCGAAUACUCUGAAUCGCCCGAUUCCAAAGACGGAGAUGAAGAAGACGAAGAGGAGCAUGUUACAGACCUGGGUCAAAGCGAGGUGGAAGGUGUUCAAAAGCUAGAUGGUUGCAUCAAGCAAGAGGUUGGCGAUCAUGGCGCUAAGGACAAUGAGUGUGACGGGUGUCGCGGACAAGAUGUCACACUCAGCAUAAGACCGCUGAAUACGCUACAACAGGAAAACAACAUGGCAACGAAGAUGAGGCUGUCCUCAUGCCUGAUGUAUCAACUACUGUUGCACCAUCAGCGCCAGAUGAUCGCGCUCAAACUCUCUUGA